AAUCGACGGGGUUUCACCUCUAUUAGCCACACACGUGCGCGCCUGUUGCGCUCCAAUUUUCCUAGAGUUUUUAACAGAAAUCGUGGUUUAAAUCAGGCGAAAUGGGUUCCAAGCGGCCGCAGGACGUGCACAUGUUCCCCUCGGACCUGGAGUUCGCCGUCUUCACGGACCAGGAGAUCCGCAAGCUUAGCGUGGUGAAGGUGAUCACGGGCAUCACCUUCGAUGCCCUGGGACACGCGAUGCCCGGUGGUCUGUACGACAUUCGAAUGGGCUCCUAUGGCAGGUGCAUGGAUCCUUGUGGCACGUGCCUCAAGCUGCAGGAUUGCCCCGGUCACAUGGGCCACAUCGAGCUGGGCACGCCCGUCUACAAUCCCUUCUUCAUCAAGCUGGUGCAGCGACUGCUCUGCAUCUUCUGUUUGCACUGCUACAAGCUGCAGAUGAAGGACCACGAAUGCGAGAUCAUCAUGCUGCAGUUGCGCCUCAUCGACGCCGGCUACAUCAUCGAGGCCCAGGAUCUGGAGCUCUUCAAGUCCGAGAUUGUCUGCCAAAACUCCGAUGAGUUGGUUACCCUGCGGAAUGGGGAUUUGGUGCACCCCCACAUUGCCGCCAUGUACAGUCUGCUGGAGAAGAACGAGGUGAACUCGAGCAACUCCACCAAGACCAGCUGCUCCCUGCGCACGGCCAUCACGCAUGCGGCACUGCAGCGAGCGGGCAAAAAGUGCAGGCAUUGCAACAAGUCGAUGCGCUAUGUGCGCUACAUGCAUCGCCGGCUGGUAUUCUACGUCACCCUGGCGGACAUCAAGGAGCGCAUUGGUGGUGCCUCCGAGGCCGGUGGUCAGAACAAGGUCAUUUUUGCCGACGAGUGUCGUCGUUAUAUGCGCCAGAUAUACGCCAACUACCCAGAGCUGUUGAAGCUAUUAGUACCCGUCUUAGGACUCAGUAACACGGACCUUUCGCAGGGCGAUCGAUCACCGGUGGACCUCUUCUUCAUGGACAACAUUCCGGUGACGCCGCCACGCGCCCGUCCCAUGAACAUGCUGGGGGACAUGCUUAAGGGUAAUCCCCAGACGGACAUCUACAUUCACAUCAUCGAGAACAACCAUGUGCUGAAUGUGGUGCUGAAGUACAUGUCAGGCAGCAAGGAGAAGCUCACGGAGGAGGCCAAGGCCGCGUAUCAAACUCUCAAGGGCGACACAUCCCAUGAGAAGCUGUACAACGCUUGGCUGGCUUUACAAACUUCUGUGGAUGUGCUGCUCGAUGUGAAUAUGUCGCGGGAGAUGAAGUCUGCCGAGGGUCUGAAGCAAAUUAUCGAAAAGAAGGACGGUCUAAUCCGCAAGCACAUGAUGGGCAAGCGUGUGAACUACGCAGCUCGUACUGUCAUCACCCCGGAUCCCAAUAUAAACGUGGAUGAGAUCGGUAUUCCCGAUAUAUUUGCGAGGAAAUUAUCCUAUCCCGUGCCCGUGACCGAAUGGAAUGUCACGGAGCUGCGCAAGAUGGUCACGAAUGGUCCGGAUAUUCAUCCCGGAGCGAACUACAUCCAGGAUAAGAACGGAUUUACCACCUAUAUACCAGCCGACAAUGCGGCCAAGCGGAAGAGCAUGGCCAAGAUGCUACUGUCCAAUCCGAAGGAUGGCGUGACGAUCGUUCAUCGGCACGUGCAAAAUGGGGACGUCCUGCUGCUGAACCGACAGCCCUCGCUGCACAAGCCAUCCAUCAUGGCCCACAAGGCGCGCAUUCUGCACGGCGAGAAGACCUUCCGGCUGCACUACUCCAACUGCAAGGCCUACAACGCCGAUUUCGAUGGCGACGAGAUGAACGCCCACUAUCCGCAGAGCGAGGUGGCCCGGGCGGAGGCCUACAACCUGGUGAAUGUGGCCAGCAACUAUCUGGUGCCUAAGGACGGCACGCCGUUGGGUGGCCUCAUUCAGGAUCACGUCAUUUCGGGCGUGAAGCUCUCGAUUCGUGGGCGAUUCUUCAAUCGCGAGGACUACCAACAACUGGUUUAUCAGGGACUGUCGCAGAAUAAGAAGGAUGUCAAGCUGCUGCCACCGGCCAUCUUGAAACCAGUGAGGCUUUGGUCCGGCAAGCAAGUCUUGUCCACCAUUAUAAUAAACUUGAUUCCCGAGGGAUACGAGAAAAUUAAUCUUGAUUCGUUUGCUAAGAUUGGUGGAAAGAAUUGGAAUGUUACCCGUGCACGCCCCGCAAUUUGUGGCACGAAUCCUGAGGAGAACGAGCUCAGCGAAAGCCAAGUGCAAAUCCGGAAGGGAGAACUGCUGGUUGGAGUUCUGGACAAGCAGCAAUAUGGAGCCACCACCUUUGGUUUGAUCCACUGCAUGUAUGAGCUGUAUGGCGGCGAUGUGUCGACACGUCUGCUCACCUCCUUCACCAAGGUAUUCACCUUCUUUCUGCAACUGGAGGGCUUUACCUUGGGUGUCAAGGAUAUCCUGGUGACGGGCGAAGCGGAUAGGAAGAGGAGGCAUAUCAUCCGCGAGUGUCGCGAUGUGGGAAACAGUGCAGUGUCUGCUGCUCUGGAUUUAGAAGACGAACCGCCGCACGAUGAGUUGGUGGAGAAGAUGGAAGAGGCCUAUGUGAAGGACUCAAAGUUUAGAGUGAUCCUGGAUCGCAAAUACAAGUCACUGUUGGAUGGCUACACCAAUGACAUAAAUAAAACUUGUCUCCCUGGAGGACUCAUCACCAAGUUCCCUUCGAACAAUCUGCAACUGAUGGUGCUAUCCGGCGCCAAGGGAUCCAUGGUGAACACCAUGCAAAUCUCCUGCCUGCUGGGACAAAUUGAGUUGGAAGGCAAGCGACCGCCGUUGAUGAUAUCCGGCAAGUCGCUGCCCAGUUUCACCUCCUUUGAGACUUCCCCAAAGUCGGGAGGUUUUAUCGAUGGACGUUUCAUGACGGGCAUUCAGCCGCAGGACUUUUUCUUCCAUUGCAUGGCUGGUCGUGAAGGUCUCAUUGAUACUGCUGUAAAGACCUCGCGCUCUGGUUAUCUGCAGCGCUGUCUUAUCAAACAUUUGGAGGGCCUGAGUGUCCAUUAUGAUCUCACUGUUCGCGACAGUGAUAAUAGUGUGGUGCAGUUCCUUUACGGCGAGGAUGGCUUGGACAUUCUGAAGUCCAAGUUUUUUAACGACAAGUUCUGUGCCGAUUUCCUCACGCAGAAUGCCACCGCCAUUCUGCGACCCAGUCAACUGAGCCUCAUGAAGGACGAGGAGGAACUGGCCAAGGUGCAGCGCCAUGAGAAGCACAUACGCAGCUGGCAGAAAAAGAAACCGGCCAAGCUGCGCGCCGCCUUCACUCACUUCUCCGAGGAGCUGCGCGAUGAGGUGGAGGUGAAGCGACCCAAUGAGAUUAACGCCAAGACGGGUCGCCGCCGCUUCGACGAGGGUCUGCUGAAGCUGUGGAAGAAGGCGGAUGCCGAGGACAAGGCUCUGUACCGCAAAAAGUACGCCCGCUGUCCGGAUCCCUCGGUGGCUGUCUACAAACAGGAUCUUUACUACGGCAGCGUAUCGGAGAGGACGCGAAAACUCAUCGAUGACUAUGCAAAGAGGAAGCCGGCCCAUAAGGAGACCAUAGCCGACAUCAUGCGGGUCAAGACCAUCAAGGCAUUGGCUUCGCCUGGCGAACCUGUGGGUCUGAUAGCCGCCCAGUCGAUCGGUGAACCCUCCACUCAGAUGACACUGAAUACUUUCCAUUUUGCGGGUCGUGGUGAGAUGAACGUGACUCUGGGUAUUCCUCGACUGCGCGAGAUUCUCAUGCUGGCCUCGUCGAACAUCAAGACGCCCUCCAUGGAUAUUCCAAUUAAGCCUGGUCAGCAGCACCAGGCGGAAAAGCUGCGCAUUAAUCUUAAUUCGGUGACUCUGGCAAACCUUUUGGAGUCUGUCCACAUCAGCACUAGUUUGACCCUGGAACCAGAGAGAGCCUACGAGUAUGAGAUGCGCUUCCAAUUCCUGCCCAGGGAGGUCUACAAGGAGGAUUAUGGCGUGCGACCCAAGCACAUCAUCAAGUACAUGCACCAAACUUUCAUCAAGCAGCUGAUACGAGCUAUUUUAAAGGUGUCCAAUGCCUUGAAGACGACGAAAAUCGUUGUAAUAGACGACAAAAAGGAUGCUGAUAAGGAUGACGAUCACGAUUUGGACAAUGCUGAUGAUGUGGCUGGUCCAAAACCAAAGGCUAAUAAUAAUGAUGAUGAUUCGUCGGAUGAUAACGCUGAUGAUGACGACGCGACUGGUGUGAAACUGAAGCAACGCAAACUCGAUGAGAAUGACUACGACGAUCCAGAUGAUGUUGAGGAACUGCAUGAUGCCAAUGAUGACGAUGAAGAGGCGGAAGACCAGGACGAUGAGGAGAAGGGCAAGGAUGCUGAUGACAACAAUGUGGACGAUAAAUCCGUCGAGAGAUUGCUCAGCAACGACAUGGUCAAGGGCUACACGUACGACAAGGAGAACCAUCUGUGGUGCCAGGUCAAGCUAAACCUGAGUGUGCGCUACCAGAAGCCCGAUCUUACCUCCAUCAUCCGGGAGUUGGCCGGCAAGAGUGUGGUUCACCAGGUGCAGCACAUUAAGCGGGCCAUCAUCUACAAAGGCACCGGCGAUGAGCAGCUGCUGAAGACCGAUGGCAUCAACAUUGGCGAGAUGUUCCAGCACAACAAGAUUCUCGACCUGAAUCGCCUGUACUCCAACGAUAUCCAUAAAAUCGCCAGGACCUACGGCAUUGAGGCCGCUUCCCAGGUGAUUGUCAAGGAAGUGAGCAAUGUGUUCAAGGUCUACGGGAUUACGGUGGACCGGCGGCACCUGUCACUCAUCGCCGACUACAUGACCUUCGAUGGAACCUUCCAGCCGCUGUCGCGCAAGGGCAUGGAGCACUCGUCGUCGCCGCUGCAGCAGAUGUCCUUCGAGUCCAGCCUGCAGUUCCUGAGGAGCGCCGCCGGUUUUGGUCGGGCGGACGAGCUGAGCUCCCCGUCGAGUCGUCUAAUGGUGGGCCUCCCAGUGCGAAAUGGUACCGGUGCCUUUGAGUUGUUGACCAAAAUCUGUUGAUUAAGUUUUU